CCGGAUUCUGUGAGUCUUUAGAUUGAGUCAGUAAGUUUGUCAGUCAAGGGUUAGAGUCCACGUGGUGAGGUUUGGAACCGUUAACCCGGUUGUGCACUAAUCACCAUGGUUGACACCCGUAGUGGGAAGAGCACUAGCCCCUGUACCCAGGCUCAACAAGAGCAGAUGGCCGCCUUGGUGAAAGAGAAUAGAGAGAGGAAAGAGCUCCAGAAGCAAGCGAAAUUCAAAGCAAUCGCAGAGGAGCAGGCGGCGAAAAUGAAGAAAUUGGAGGAGGAGAUGGAGGAGAAGAAAAGGGUUGUCGAGGAAGAAGUGGCAGCAGAGGAAGCAGAAGAGAGAAGACGCAGGGAAGCAAAAGGGGAGAGUAGUGGCACGGCGAGUGAGGAUGCAGAGAUGGAGAAGAAGAUCAGCGAGUGGAUAGCCAAUUUAUCGUUGGGGGAAGAUGAGGAGGCACAGUUGUGUGUGCCACAGGAGGAGAAGGAGGCGUUUGCCAGGGCACUAGCAAGGAUUGAGGAGCCCCUGGAACGACAAGAGACAGAGGAGGAGAAGAAGUUGGAGCGGAAGUUGAGAAUGAAGAGGGAGAAGAAGAGAAGGAGGGAGGAAGUGAAUCGGUUGACCACAAAGGUAGAUAAGGUGAGAGCCUGUAGGCAAGAAGUGCAGGCGCAGUCAGAUGUUUCUGCCAAAAUGGACAAGAUGUUGGGGUAUUUGGAGGUAUUGAGUGAGGUCUGGCUGGAGGAACGCCAAGCCAACUGGGGUCACGAUGUGGCCCUAAGUGCCAUGCGGUCAGGGUUUCAAGAGUUUGCGCGCGAUAUGGUUACCCACGUUGGGGCCGAAGUCAGGCGGUUGAGAGAUAACUUGGGGAAGUUCUGUGAAGGCGCCAUUGAGGGUGCCAAAGCAGUAGCUACCGUCGAGAGCGAGGCCAGACCCAGCAAGGACCCAGUAAAGCUAAAGUUUCCAGAUGCGUACGGCGGGAAGCCUGAAGAGAAUUUCGAUAACUGGGAGGCUAGUGUAAACAGUUAUGUUUACUUACAGCAUAAUGGCACGGCCGGUUGCGAAAACAACAUGGUCGCUUAUUCCAAAGUCACCCCCCUCCCUCAAUUCUUCAAGCACCUUAGGGAGCGGUUUGCUGAUCUUCGCAGGGGCGUCAGAGCCUCUGACAAACUCCAAACCAUCCACUCACGGCAGUGGAGGAGUGUUAAGGCACUGAAAGCCGUUAUGGACGACCUGGUGGCCGUCCCGGACCAUGGGGUGACUGAGUCCCAAUUGGUCCAACUUUUCUAUCGUGCCAUGCCAGAGCCCUUACGAGGGCAUUUCUUUGACAAAUCCCAACAGUCCACCUUGACGUAUGAUGCGCUUAGUAGAGAAGUGGUGUUGUUCGAGGCAAAGUCGAUGCCAGUUUCCACUUUCUGGCACAAAGACUUAGAUAAGGGAAAAAAGUGGAAAGGCCGUACCAUCUCUGGCCAAGUCAGGGCCAAGGAUCACAUGAUCCUUCCAUUGGAGGAAGGUGAUACUGAUGAGGUCCCCUACAGCCAGAUUGAGUGGGGACUUGAGGAGGAGGACAGUGACGUAGGACAAGGGAGGUCCUAUGCUGCUGUCGCGGCUGGAGGGAGGCCGCAAAAUAGAGGAGGAGGCCAGGGCCAAAGGGGCCAGGCCAUGGGAGGCCGAGGAUUGGGGCGCUCAGGGGGUUGGCGGCCAAAGGGACCGCCAAGAGGGAGGUUGCUCAAGAAAGAGGCAAUCUGGCAAUGGGAUAAAGACUGUACGUCUGCGCUAAAGAAACUAAAGCACGCAUUGAUAGAGUAUCCUGUCCUCAAGGUACCAGAUCCGUCUUUGCCAUUUGUCGUCACCACGGACGCGAGUCAGUAUGGAAUAGGCGCCGUGUUGCAGCAGGAUGACGACAACGGCUACAGACCCGUAGAGUUCAUGUCAGCGAGGAUGCCCUCGGAGAAGGUAGCUACCUCCAAGUACGAGAGAGAACUCUACGCUCUCAGGCAGGCUUUAGAGCACUGGAAGCAUUACCUGCUUGGGAGGCACUUCAAAGUGUAUUCAGACCACGAGACGCUUAGAUGGUUAAAGACACAGGCCAAGAUGACACCUAAGUUGACUAGGUGGGCCGCUGAGAUAGACCAGUAUGACUUUGAGCUCAAGCCAGUGAAGGGUAAGUACAAUGUAGUUGCGGAUGCUCUGAGUAGGAGAUCAGACUACUUUGGAGCUAUAGUUCACUAUCUGGACAUAGGGAGUGACCUGCAAGAGAAAGUUAGACAGGCGUAUGCAUUCCUCAAGAGAGUCAAGGAGGCCCCAGAGACAGAGCUAGAUUACCGGAAUACAGAGGGUUUACUAUUCGAGAAGACUAACGUAGUAGACCACCUAUGCAUUCCCAACAGCGAGGAAAUCCGCAGUCUGAUCCUAGGGGAAUGCCAUGAUACGGAGGGACACUUUGGUUGGCAAAAGACUUUAGCCAACCUUAAGCACGCGUACACCUGGCCAGGAAUGAAGAACGACUGCAUCGAGUAUGUCCGCAGUUGUAAAGUCUGUGAGAGGAACAAAACCACAACGCGUGCCCCUCUAGGUCUUCUCAGACCCUUGCCCAUUCCAGACCAGCCUUGAGAUUCAGUCUCCAUUGACUUCAUGGAUGCCAGUGUCAAGAGUAGACACGGCAAGAGCCAAGUUA